GUCAUUGGAUAUUCUCGAGCCUCAUACUCCAUUGUCUUUGAGUAUGCUUCUUCUUUUCACUCCCGUGUUGCUCAAAGCGGGUUUGCAGUGAACACUAACGAAGGAAAAUCUGUCCGCAGAUCAAGAGAUAGGCUCUGUUGGACCCGGAACAACCGAGCAGAUGUCAUGUUACUGCGAUCCUUUAUGGGGCUCGACCGAUGAGGAUAUCACAGUAGACUGAUCCACCAGGUUACCUGCAUGGACUUAUAGCCGUACAGGAACAUCUUCCACUUGUUCCGUGUAUAUCUCCGUCUUCUCUGGUCUUCCCAUCUCCAUUCCAAAGAUCAUGGGCGACAUGUCUGGCCCUGCAGAUUGCCCUGUCCAGAUGGAGGUCAUCGAUCUCUCGACUGGGUGGUCGUUCAAGCAAACUGAUCAUGUCGACGAAGACGCUUGGCAUCCGGUCAAGAAGAUACCGUCGACGGUUCACCAGGAUCUUAUUGACAGCAAACGCUUGGACGAUCCAUUCGUUGGAUUCAAUGAAAUCAAGGCGGAAUGGGUUGGGCUCAAAUCCUGGACGUACCGGACCACGUUAGCAACCCCCUCUGUCUCAGGAGAAAAAAAGGUUGUGCUAGCUUUCGAUGGACUGGACACUUUCGCCGCCGUCAGGCUAAAUGGUAAAACCAUUCUCGAAAGUGACAAUAUGUUCCUGCCGCAUCGAGUCGAUAUUACCGAGGCUGCCAAAUCGACGUCCAAUCACGAAGUCGAGAUCCAAUUCGACUCUGCUUUCCUCAAGGCUCGAGAAAUCAAGAAUCAAUAUCCGGACCAUAAGUACGUUUGCUUCAAUGGUGACUCUGCACGAUUAGCAGUCAGGAAAGCACAGUACCACUGGGGCUGGGAUUGGGGUCCGCUCCUCGUGUGUGCAGGUAUCUGGAGACCCAUUCGGCUCGAGAUCUACACGGUCAGAGUCACUGACGUGCGGAUGGAUGUUGAUAUCUCCGAAGACCACAAACUCGCCACAAUAAAUGCAACUGCAGACGUUGAGGGCUUUGAGAGUCCAAAUGCACACUUCUUGGUUGACUUCAAGGUCAGUUUGGGCGGCAAGGACAUCGCCUCCAGCACCGUUGAGAUAGGUCGAGAUGGAAGAGCUUCGGUCCAGCUCAAGAUCCCGGAUCCUGAAUUGUGGAUGCCCACCGGCUAUGGCAAACAGCCAUUAUACAACGUUAGUGCUACUCUCAGCAGUGACGGUAUGCCUUUGCACACGGAGUCGCGCCGGACAGGGCUACGCACGAUCGAGCUCAUUCAAGACAAAGAUUCUCACGGACAGUCGUUCUACUUUCGAAUCAAUGGUGUCGACAUAUUUUGUGGUGGUUCCUGCUGGAUUCCAACAGACAGUUUCCUGACCAAUGUUACUCCAGAGAAGUAUCGUGCCUGGAUCGAGCUGAUGGUGCCUGCUAAUCAGAAGAUGAUUCGAGUAUGGGGUGGCGGUAUCUACGAGGACGACUCAUUUUAUGACGCAUGCGACGAACUAGGCAUCCUCGUAUGGCAGGAUUUCAUGUUCGGUUGUGGCAACUAUCCUUGCUUUCCAUCCAUUCUCAAAUCCAUCGAGGCCGAAGCUGUUGCUAAUGUUCGGCGAAUUCGACACCACCCUUGCCUGGCCAUACUCGCUGGGAACAACGAAGAUUACCAGGUACAAGAGCAAGCUGGUUUGACGUAUAAUUACGAGGACAAAAACGAAGAGCAUUGGCUGAAAUCAGACUUUCCUGCCCGGUACAUCUAUGAGUCACUUCUGCCACGAGUCUCAAAAGCAGAAGCUCCUUGGAUACAAUAUUGGCCUGGAUCACCUUGGAGUCACGGCAAGAUCAGCUCCGACACCACUAUCGGAGACAUGCACCAGUGGAAUGUAUGGCACGGCACACAGGAGAAGUAUCAAAUUUUCGACUCCUUAGGCGGACGUUUCAACUCGGAAUUUGGCAUGGAGGCAUUCCCUCACGUUGCGACCAUCAAAUCCUUCGUGGAGAAGGCGGAGGACCUGUACCCACAGAGUCAUGUCAUUGAUUUCCACAACAAGGCAGACGGACACGAGAGGCGUAUAGCCACCUACCUAGUGGAGAAUGUGAGAACAGCCACAAACUUGGAAGCCUACAUCCACCUCACGCAACUCAUCCAAUGUGAGGCGCUGAUGUUUGGAUACCGAGGAUGGCGGAAGCAGUGGGGCGACGACCGACACUGUGGUGGAGCAUUGGUAUGGCAGCUCAAUGAUUGCUGGCCAACGACGAGUUGGUCGAUUGUGGACUACUACCUCCGGAGAAAGCCAGCCUACUACGCCAUGGCGCGUGUUCUGGCCCCAGUGGCGGUAGGUGUUCGUCGAGCUCACCAUGAUUGGAGUGUGACCCAUGCUCGAGAACCCCGAACACAAGAUUGGGAACUGUGGGUUGUCAGUUCCCGGCUUACUGAGAUCACUGCCGACGUGGAAGUCAAGUUUGUGUCAGUUCGGACGGGCCACGAGAUCAAAGAGAAGAUUGUUAAAAAAGGAAUUCGUGUCACUCCUAAUGGUACGACAGACAUCUUGAAAGGACAAGUCGACAACCUGGAAGAAGAGCCCCAUGUGCUUGCGGCGCGAAUUUGGGUAGACGGGGAGCUGGUGGGACGUGACACCGAUUGGCCGCAGCCUCUCAAGUACCUGCAAUUCCCUGAACGCAACGUCAAGGUAGAGGUUGUUGGGGAUGAGAUGCAUGUCACUGCAGACAGGCCUGUCAAGUGUCUCGUGUUCGAAGAACGCGAAGGGUGUCAUUUGACCGAUAGUGCCAUUGAUGUGGUGCCCAACGACAAGCAAAUUAUCCGAAUGCGUGGACUCAAACCUGGAGCACCGCCGCUCGAUUGGACUUACCUUGGAGCUGGAGAGCAGUGAGACAGGAUCCUAGACUAUGGUGU